UCCUUUAUGUGGCGGGAUUGGGAAGGAACCGCCCAGGCUGGGCAGGACGGAUACCUACUCUCUGCACUACUGGGAACAGGGAACGACGUAGGGAGAUAACAGCUCGGGGAGAAUUGGAGACCCCGGGGCCACUGAAGUGCCAGUGGUGCCCCCAACCUCCACCGUGCCCUGCCACUUCCUCAGGUUUGAUGGUGAAGGAGCCAGGAAUCUUCUCCCUGGUUGCCCCAGGGGAGGAUGUGAAAUUCCCCAGCUCUCCGCCAAGAUUGGCAACUAAGGCCAGAUCCCCUGCGAUGCUUUGGAGGAAACUCGACAGGCCCCGCCAUCGGAUUGCAGGAGCUGCCCUGGCCUGAUUCAACUGAUAUGGAGGGGUUGGCUGGGAAUGCCCCCUGUGACCACUUUGAAGCUAAUGUGCUUGCCCAGAGAUGCUGUCAAAACUGCUUUCACCCUGAGGAGGCCCACAGAGCAAGGCAUCAGGAGCCCGGGAGCCCUCCAAGUGCUGAGGCGCCCUACUGCGACCUGCCACGCCGCCCAGCCGCCCCUGAGGACCCACUCGGUGCCUCGACCUCCAACUGCCAGUCUGUGGUGGGUUCGGGCCUUGGGCCAGGGCCUGAAAGGGGCCCAUCAACAGGGCUCCCUGCAGAGGGCCUCACAGCCGCCCCCAGGAGCCAGGAACCCGAGGCAGCACCCUACCUGGAGGGCCUGGCCUCCUCCCUCUGCGGCAACUUCAACGAGAGCCCUGACUCUGGCACCAGCUCCAGCCCUGACUGCGAAGCCCCUGAUGAUACCAGCGACUCGUCUUCCGUGGACUGGGACACUGUUGAGAGGCAAGAGGAGGCCCCCAGUGGGGACAAGUUCACCGUGAUGAUCCCACGGAAGCCACAGGAGGGGCCAAGGGCUGACAGUGCCCGAAGGGCUCCUCCUCUCCUCACCCGGUCCCCUGUAGGAGGAGACACUGCAGGCCAGAGAAAGGAGGGCUCUGGUGGUGGGAACCGAAGCGCCGGACAACACUGGGCGAAGCUCCGGGGAGAAAGUGGGUACUUCUUGGAGCGGCACCGGUCGGCGCUGACCCCGGUCUCUCCCGCGACACCACAGAGUGGUCCUCGAAGUGCCACCCCCCAGGCUUCCUCUCUCCAUCGCUCUGCUUCCACACAACUCGAUACCUCCCGAGCCUCCUCUCCCCCCCGAAUUGCCCAACGGGACAACCCCAGAACCUCAUCCACCCAGCAGGACACCCCCAGGACCUCUUCCAAACAGCGGAACACCCCCAGAGCAUCCUCUCCCUCAAGAGUCGCCCAACGGGAUAACCCCAGAACCUCGUCCACCCAACAGGAUACCCCCAAGACCUCUUCCACACAGCGGAACACCCCCAGAGCAUCCUCUCCCUCAAGAGUAGCCCAACGGGAUAACCCCAGAACCUCGUCCACUCAACAGGAUACCCCCAAGACCUCUUCCACACAGCGGAACACCCCCAGAGCAUCCUCUCCCUCAAGAGUCGCCCAACGGGACAACCCCAGAACCUCGUCCACCCAACAGGAUACCCCCAAGACCUCUUCCACACAGCGGAACACCCCCAGAGCAUCCUCUCCCUCAAGAGUCGCCCAACGGGACAACCCCAGAACCUCGUCCACCCAACGAAAUAAUCCUCAAGUUUCCUUUCCCCCCAGAGCCACCCAACAAGACAACUCCAGAGCCUCUUCUACCCAACAGGACAGCCCUCAAGCUCCUGUCCCUACUUGUACUCCCCAGUGGGACAACCCCAGACCUUCUUGUAUUCAACAGAACACUCCCAGAACCUCUUCUACCCAAAGGGACAACCCCAAAACCUCUUGUGCCCAACGGGACAAUCCCAAACCCUCUUCCUCACGGCGGGAAAACCCAGGAAGCUCCUCCUCUCAGGGCUGCACCCAACGGGACAAUCCCAGACCUUCCUCUCCCCAUCGUUCCUCUCAGCGGAACAAUCCCAGGAAUUCCUCUCCCCAUCGUACUAACAAAGACAUUCCAUGGGCCUCCUUUCCCCUCCGGCCAACCCAGGGUGAUGGCCCCCGAACCUCUUCCCCAUCUCGCUCCAAGCAAAGUGAGGUUCCCUGGGCAUCCAUUGCCCUCCGGCCAACCCAAAGCGACAGGCCUCAGACCUCAUCUCCCAUCAGACCAGCUCAGCAUGACUCACCCCAGCGCUCCUCCAGCCCCACCCAGCACAACUCACCAUCCCGGGCCACUUCCUCCUCCCACCCGCCAGGCCACCACAGUGCCUCCCGGACCUCCUCGCCUCUGCACCCUGCUACCCGCGGUGCACCCCAGACCUCUCCGGAGCCCUCCCAGCCCCCCUGCCCUGUGUGCAUUGGGCACCGGGAUGCCCCUCGAGCCUCCUCGCCUCCUCGCUAUUUGCAGCAUGACCCCUUUCCCUUCUUCCCAGACCCCCACGCAUCUGAGAGUGAAUCGCCCCACCAUGACCCCCCCUAUAUGCCCCCAGCCGUAUGCAUUGGACACCGGGAUGCCCCUCGGGCUUCCUCACCCCCCCGCCACACCCAAUUUGACCCCUUUCCUUUCCUCCCAGACACGUCAGAUGCUGAGAACCAGUCCGCCCAGCACGAGCCUCCUCAGUUCCCCCCCACUGUGUGUAUCGGGCACCGUGACGCACCCCGGGCCUCCUCCCCGCCGCGCCAAGCCCCAGAGCCCUCCCUCUUGUUCCAGGAUCUCCCCAGGGCCAGCACCGAGAGCCUUGUCCCCUCCACAGACUCUCUGCACGAGCGCCUCCACAUCCCCAGCCCUGUAUGCAUUGGGCACCGUGAUGCACCCUCCUUCUCGUCCCCGCCCCGCCAGGCCCCCGAGCCCUCCCUCUUCUUCCAGGACCCCACUGGGACUAGCAUGGAGAGCCUGGCCCCCUCCACCGACUCUCUGCGUGGCUCCCCAGUGCUGCCCCCUCAAGUGUGCAUAGGGCACCGGGAUGCCCCUCGAGCCUCCUCUCCACCCCGCCACCCGCCCAGUGACCUAGCGCUCCUGGCACCCUCACCUCCGCCAGGCAGCUCGGGGGGCUCCCGGGGCUCGGCGCCCCCGGGUGAGACCAGGCACAACUUGGAGAGGGAGGAAUACACCGUGCUGGCCGACCUGCCCCCACCCAGGAGGCUGGCGCAGAGGGAGCCAGGGCCCCAGUGCAGCAACGGGGGCCGCACCCGCAGCCCUGGCCGCGCAGAGGUGGAGCGCCUCUUCGGGCAAGAGCGCAGGAAGUCCGAGGCACCGGGGGCCUUCCAGACCCGGGAUGAGGGGCGGUCGCAGCGGCCCAGCCAAGUUCAGAGCCAACCUCUCCGAAGACAGUCCAGCCCUGCCCUCAGCAGGGAGGUAACCAAGCCCCUCGCGAAGCAGGCAGAACCGGCCCGGCGGAGCCGAGCAGACCCCCCUCAUCCCAGGAGCCCCGAGAGGCGGCCUGAGGGGGAACGGCGGCUCCAGGGGUCCUCGCCGCCCCCGAGGACGUCAGCCAGGACUCCUGAGAGGGAGCAGCGGACAGAGAGCCCUCUGGAAAGAGGCCGGGCGGGCCCAAGACGGCCCCUGGGAGGGCAGCAGAGUCUGGAGGGACCGCCAGGAUCCGGGGACCCACAUGGACACCUGGAGAGAGGCUGGGGCAGGCAGGAGGGCCCAGGCCUGGGGGGCUGGCUAGGACUUGGGGGGCCCAGGCAGGGGGCUGCCAGAGCCCCAGAGGAAACCUGGAGGGGCCCUCCCAGGGAGUCUGAGGAGAGCUGGAAGCUGCUGGCUGGCGCCCCCUGCCACAGGGGGCAGGCAGAGGCCUGGGAGGAACCCCCCAGUGCUGGGCCAUGGGAGCCCUCUGGCAGGCCAGCUCAGCGGGGCUGGGGCAGCCUGCAGGAGCUGUCCAGUCCUCACCAGCCUAUGAGGCCCCCAGAGAGCUCCAGGGCAGGCCCAGGAGAGUUCUCGAAACCCCGGAGGCCUGAGACCCCCCCUGCCACGGGCUGGGGGGCUGAGGGAGCCUGUCCACACCUGCGUGGCCCCGAGAGGCAGCCCGAGCUUGACUGGAGGGACCUGGUGGGCCUCCUCAUGGCCCCCAGAGAGGGGGCCUGGACCCACUCGGGGGAGCCGACGCUCUCCUCCACUCUUCCGAGACUGGACUGGGAAGGCCUCCUGGAGCUCCUGCAGGCCCAGCUGCCCCGCCGGGACUCGGCUGGACACUGGGGUGGGCCGGGCACAAUUUCCCCAGGCACGAAGGGUACUCUGGAGCUGGAGCCAGAGCGACACACCCAGUCUGAAGGAGGGGCAGGAACUACUCUGGUCAAUGGAUACAGCCCUGGGCAGUGGCCCCAGAGCUCCGCCCAGCCGCCCAGCCCUGCCGGCAUCUCCACCCAGUGGCCAAAGACCAAAGUGACAAGUGGACCAGAGACCUCAACUAUGGCUGGUCUGGAGGAGACAGGCCAGCUGAGGGGCAGGAGCCCUGCAGAGGGCCCCAGCUCGCUACAAUGGGAGUUCCAAUCAAAGGAGCCUGAGGAGUCAGAAGGAAGCAGAGGCCAAGACUCACUGACUGACCAGAAGCAGGCAGACUCGCCCGAUCUGCUCAACUUCAAGAAGGGAUGGAUGUCAAUCUUGGAUGAACCUGGAGAGUGGAAGAAGCACUGGUUUGUGCUGACUGAUUCAAGCCUCAAGUACUACAGGGAUUCCACUGCUGAGGAGGCAGAUGAGCUGGACGGUGAGAUUGAUCUGCACUGCUGCACGGACGUCACCGAGUAUGCGGUGCAGCGCAACUAUGGCUUCCAGAUCCACACCAAAGAUGCUGUCUAUACCUUGUCGGCCAUGACCUCGGGCAUCCGGAGGAACUGGAUCGAGGCUCUGAGGAAGACUGUGCGUCCAACCUCAGCCCCAGAUGUCACCAAGCUCUCAGACUGCAAUAAGGAGAACACGCUGCACAGCUACGGCACCCCGAAGGGCUCCCUGAAGGUGGGGGAGCAGCGGGCAGGCUCUGAGGUCAUCGGCUGGGGCGGCCCCCGGAAGGCAGACGGGCAGCGGCAGUCACUGGACUACGUGGAGCUCUCCCCGCUGACUCAGGGCGCCCCGCAGCGGGCCCGCACCCCGGCCCGUGCUCUCGACCGCCCAGCCAAGCAGGAAGAGCUGGAGCGGGACCUGGCCCAGCGUUCCGAGGAGCGACGCAAGUGGUUCCAGGCCAUGGACAACAGGGCCACGGAUACACCGGCUGGCGAGGGUCCGCGCCGGGGCCUGGGUGCCCCCUUGACUGAGGACCAGCAGAACCGGCUCAGUGAGGAGAUCGAGAAGAAGUGGCAGGAGCUGGAGAAGUUGCCCCUGCGGGAGAACAAGCGGGUACCUCUCACUGCCCUGCUCAACCAAAGCCGCGGGGAGCGCCGGGAGGCCCCAAGCGACAGCCAUGAGGCACUGGAGAGGGAGGUCCAGUCCCUUCGUGCCCAACUGGAGGCCUGGCGUCUCCAAGGGGAGGCUCGGCGUCUCCAAGGGGAGGCUCCUCAAGGUGCACCCAAGUCCCAGGAGGACGGCCACAUCCCCCCAGGCUACAUCUCACAGGAGGCGUGCGAGCGCAGCCUGGCGGAGAUGGAGUCUUCGCACCAGCAGGUGAUGGAGGAGCUGCAGCGGCACCACGAGCGGGAGCUGCAGCGGCUGCAGCAGGAGAAGGAGUGGCUCCUGGCCGAGGAGACAGCGGCCACAGCCUCAGCCAUCGAAGCCAUGAAGAAGGCCUACCAGGAGGAGCUGAGCCGGGAGCUGAGCAAGACACAGAGUCUCCCACAGGGCCCGGAUGGCCUCCAGAAACAGCACCAGUCAGAUCUGGAGGCACUGAAGCGGGAGCUGCAGGUGCUGUCAGAGCAGUACUCGCAGAAGUGCCUGGAGAUUGGGGCCCUGACGCGGCAGGCGGAGGAGCGCGAGCACACGCUGCGGCGCUGCCAGCAGGAGGGCCAGGAGCUGCUGCGCCACAACCAGGAGCUGCACGCCCGCCUGUCCGAGGAGAUUGACCGGCUGCGCAGCUUCAUCGCCUCACAGGGCACCGGCAACGGCUGCGGGCGCAGCAGCGAGCGGAGCUCCUGUGAGCUGGAGGUGCUGCUGCGCGUGAAGGAGAAUGAGCUGCAGUACCUGAAGAAGGAGGUGCAGUGCCUCCGGGAUGAGCUCCAGGUGAUGCAGAAGGACAGGCGCUUCACCUCGGGAAAGUACCAGGACGUGUACGUGGAGCUGAACCACAUUAAGACGCGGUCGGAGCGGGAGAUCGAGCAGCUGAAAGAGCACCUGCGCCUCGCCAUGGCUGCGCUGCAGGAGAAGGAGGCCGUGCGCAACAGCCUGGCCGAGUAGAGGUCCUCGUGGUCCAGCCCUGCUGCAGACCCCCAGCCCAAGGGGACCAAUCUCCCUCCUUCCCUGCUGGAUGGACGUCAGAAGCCAAGCUUUCUCCCCACCCUCUGUGGGCCGCACAUGCACUCACACCCACUAUACACACACACACACACACACACACACGUACACACGUCCACACACAUACACAUACACACGCACACUCUCUGCGUAUCUGAGCGCGCCCCUAGCACUGGGUCUUACCUUGCACCUUCUUCAGGAUUUUAUAUGUGAAGAGAUUUUUAUAUAGAUUUUUUUUCCUUUUUUUUUUUUCCCCAAACACUUUAUACUUUUUAAAAAGCAAUUCCUGGUGGCGUGUGCCUCUAACACUGGCUCCCCCUGUGUCUCCAGACGCCUGCUUGGGCUUCUGGGCCCACAGCCCGGCCCGGGGUCUAGCGGAGGCCCAGCAGCAGCUAUGGCAGGGUUGACUUUGCUGGGAGAGGCCGGGAGCCAGCCACCCUCUUUCUACCCUACCUCCCACUAACUACUUCCUGCCCUGGGGGGACCCACUCCCUGGGACUCUGGACAGAGGGACAGAUGGACAAGGGGAGCCAGCAGCUGUCCCCAUGGCCCCACCCCCUCCUCUGAGGGGUGCUGGGCAUGGAUCUGCGGGGACCACCCCGUGCAGGCAGGCGUUUCUCUCCUGCUCUGUGAGCCUUAACUUAAUAAAAUGUUCCGGCA